UUUAUCCGUCGGGACUAUAGAAAUGUCCUGAAACGGCUCGAGUGCAUCAGUAUAUUGAAUAACGGUGACAGGUCGACACAAAACCACGCACUAUGAACGGCAACCCGUUACCGUUGGAGUCGACGAUCUACGCGGCGAUCGUUCUGCUGUUGGCCGCGUGGUUUCACUGGAGAUGGAAACACAGAUAUUUCCUAGACCUGGCCGGAAAACUGCCGGGGCCUCCGUCCUAUCCGUUCUUCGGCACGACUUCCAUGUUCACGCACUCGUACGAUGAGACGAUAGCGAAACUCAAAGAGAACGCGGAACAAUACAACUACGAGCCAGUGGGGACGUGGAUAGGUCCAAUACAUUACGUUAGCGUCGUCAAACCCGAGGAUAUACAAAUUGUAUUGAAUAAUUCGCGGGCGCUGGAAAAAGGUCAACUAUACUCGUUCCUGAAGAGUUUGCUCGGCGAAGGCUUGCUGACGGCUUCAGUGGAUAGAUGGCGAAAACACCGUCGCAUAAUAUCGUACGCGUUCAACGUAAAGUUCUUGGAGCAGCUGUACCCGGUGUUUAACGAGAAGAAUAAAAUACUGGUGGAAAACCUUCGAAAAAAUGUCGACUCAACACAGCCGUUUGACCUCUGGGACUACAUUAUCUCGACCACUUUCGAUACCAUAUGCCAAACCGCAAUGGAUUACCGCAUAAACGAAAAACACAACAAAACCGAAUUCUUAGACCUGAUGACCACAAUCGCUGACCAACUCGUGAAGACCGUCAACAGACCGUACUUGUAUCCCAGCGUGACGUUUUCGGUAUACAAGUUUUUGAGCGGUCUCGGCACCAAGCUCCACAUGAUCAAUAGACUCCCGUUGCAGCUGAUCGACGAGAAAAGGAUCGACUUCCGCGCAAAAAUGAAAACGUCGAAAUCGAAUCCUCCCGAAGAGUUCCCGAUCGAAACGAAAAACAAAUUCAAAACAUUCAUCGACACACUGUUGGAGGCCAGCGAAAACGAUCCCGAUUUCACCGACGCUAACGUCCGGGAUGAAGUUAUUACAAUGAUGUUCGCGGGCAGUGACACCAAUGCUACGACCGAAUGUUUCUGCCUCCUGAUGUUGGCCAUGCACCAAGAUAUACAAGACGAGGUCUACGACGAGAUAUACAAUGUGGUGGGCGAUAGCGACCGCGAGAUGACUCCCGAGGACACGACCAACCUGGUGUACCUGGAGCAGGUGAUCAAAGAGACGUUAAGGAUGUACCCGAUUAUAUCAGUGUUUACUAGGCAGCUAGCCGAGGACAUCAGGGUCUCCAACUACGUGCUGCCGAGGGGCGCUAGCGUGACCAUAUCGCCGAUAGUCACGCACCACUGCCCACACCUGUACCCGAACCCCGGCGUGUUCAACCCGGAAAACUUUAGCGUGGAGAACGUGGCCAAACGGCACAAGUACAGUUACAUAGCGUUCAGCGGAGGCCCGAGGGGAUGCAUAGGAAUGAAGUACGCCAUGAUAUCAAUGAAGUUGAUGGUGUCAGAAAUUCUGCGCAACUUUAGCGUGCACACCACAGUGAAGCUGCAGGACGUUAAGAUCAAAAUGAACGACGCGUUUACCAGGAAAGUUGGUGGAUAUCCGAUCACCGUGCAGCCCAGAGACAGGAGACCGUCGUACGUGCGGUGCAACACUCGUGUCGCAUGAUCAGAUCGAUGGGGACGAGUGAAAACAUGAAAAACGACCCGAAAAACCGAAUACACGUUCCACGAUAUCGGUGUUGUGUGUACGAAAAAACAAACUGUGUGUUGCACAAUUAUAUACUUAUAA